AUGGCGGACGGUGCACGCUUUCCAGCAGCACAUUUUCAGUCUCAUAAUCAGCACAAUUUAUCGUCUUUGCCCACUGAAAAUCCUUAUUUUCAUCCCAAAUAUCCAGGAAUGCCUCCUAAUUCGUUUUCACCACAAUCGAAUCACUCAUUAACGAAUUUUGUGCGAGGAAAUUUUCCACAAAUGAUUCCAAGAGGAGAUAUCAUGCAUUCUGAUCUUCAGUUGCCUUCACGAUUCCCUCAUAACCACAUCAACUUGCAACAAGAAAAGCAUCCAAUGGCCAUACAAUCACCGCAGAUUACAAGACAUCCGUUACCAUCCGGUCAGUUUAUCAAUUCAGAAAGACAGCUGGCAAACUCAAGUCCUAGUAAUUCUCUAGCUUUCCCUCCUCCUGGACAAUUGCCGUUUCUUCAAAGCAACAGUCAAACAAUGAGCAGUGAUAUCUCGCAAAUGGCAAAAUCGUCUUCAUCUUUUCCAUCUGGUGGACCGCAACUAUCACAGACUAAUUCUUUUCAAACUGCCAUCCAUGGACCAUUGGGACCUGUGCAACAUUUUCCGGAGACUUUUCCACCCUCAUUUUCAGGGCCCAUAACAGUACCUCCACCAUUAACACCCAUGCAAUUUCCCCCUCCUUUGCCAGGCAAUUUGUCAGUACCAACGGUGGCUUUGGCAGCAUGUUCUGCUAAUCAACCUCAGGUGAAUGCAGGAGUUACAGCACAAGAGACAACAAGCCAAGGGUGGAUUAAUCAGUUUUUAAGAGAAAGAGGACUUGUGAAACAGGAAAAACAAGCAGAGCCACACAGCCAUUUAAAGGUUUACCUUUUUUAACUUUUAAAACCUCUUUCACAGGUGAUAAAGGAGUCAUUUUCUUUACAUAUGAUUCCUCAAAGAAAAUGAAAACUUUCAUUUGAAUGUUGGCGNCUCCUGGACAAUUGCCGUUUCUUCAAAGCAACAGUCAAACAAUGAGCAGUGAUAUCUCGCAAAUGGCAAAAUCGUCUUCAUCUUUUCCAUCUGGUGGACCGCAACUAUCACAGACUAAUUCUUUUCAAACUACCAUCCAUGGACCAUUGGGACCUGUGCAACAUUUUCCGGAGACCUUUCCACCCUCAUUUUCAGGGCCCAUAACAGUACCUCCACCAUUAACACCCAUGCAAUUUCCCCCUCCUUUGCCAGGCAAUUUGUCAGUACCAACGGUGCCUUUGGCCGCAUGUUCAGCUAAUCAACCUCAGGUGAAUGCAGGAGUUACAGGACAAGAGACAACAAGCCAAGGGUGGAUUAAUCAGUUUUUAAGAGAAAGAGCACUUGUGAAACAGGAAAAACAAGCAGAGCCACACAGCCAUUUAAAGGUUUACCUUUUUUAACUUUUAAAACCUCUUUUAUGGGUGAUAAAGGAAUCAUUUUCUUCAUAUAUGAUUCCUCAAAGGAAAUGAAAACUUUCAUUUGCAUGUUGGCAAAGACUGGGAAGCAUUUUGUGUAGAUUGUGAGGUUGUAGCAAAUGUACUUUUCGUGAUCUGAGUAGGUUUAUCAAGAUCUUGGCUCAUGUUCUCCUUUGGAUUCACCCAGUACCAUUGAGUGAUUGUCAAAACAAUGAGCCUUUGUUAUGGUGGUUGUGUAAGAUACCUUUCUGGGAUUCAAUCUUGAGAUUUUACAAGUUUAUAUGUUCAUCUUCAGGUGAAAAACAAUUUCCUUGGGACUAAAUUACACUUGCAAAGGUUUUAUCAAAUUGACCCUAGGUGUCAUAUUUGGGUUAAUAAUAGACCCAAUAACACCCAGACAGUACCAGCAUCCUACAAGUAGAUGGAGGCAAAAGCUUGUGAAAUCUUAAGCCUGGAUUAUAAAAAAGGUGUCUUUUGCAGAAGGUAUUAACAGUCUCUGCUUAUUGUUUUGUUCUUUUAUCUUUUUGGCAGUUAUAUGAAGCUAAACAGCUCAUGACAGAUUGGCUGCAGCUAAUUGCAGAGUUGUCACUUCAGAGAGAUAAAUUGGCUGCACUUGCUUUACAUCACAAUGAAAUGGAAUGGGUAAAAGAAAUAAACAGGGCUCAAACAUUAAAGGUCAGUAACUGAUAGGAUACAUUGAAACCUUGAGGAAUAAUUCCCCACCCUUUAUCAUAACUCCUGCAGAGAUGCCAGAAAAUGUAGUUGCUUGUGAAAGGUUAAGGAUAGCAAAAAUCUGACAUUUUAAAUAAGGCAGAAUCUAACAGAGCAAAUUAAGAGCUCAAUAAAACCUUGAACCUCUAAUAGUAUCUAGCCUUAUUUCUUCUUAUAGUCCCUUCUUAAUAAAGCAUUAUAAAGCCUUAAGAACAAAGAAUGCUACACUAAAGGAGGAAGCAUCUUAAUUUUAUCCCGUCAUCGGCAUGUGAAAACUGAACAGUGUGGCAGAGAGUACAUUUGUUGAUGUAAGAUCUUAAAGAGAAGUGUUCAUCUAGAGAAGUCCAGUUGUAAUGGUGGUUUUAGAGGAAAAUUGCCAUCUUGCAUUCUCAGCUGACCAGAAAUUAGUUGCCAUUCUGCUGUGCCCUUUCACAGUCAAAACCCCCUCAUCUUCAUUGAUUAUAAUAUAAAAUUUUCUUUGUUAAUAGUGUUUAAUGAUUUUGACACCACCAUUACCACUGCUGUCAUCAUCAUCAUCAUCAUCAUCAUCAUCAUCAUCUAGAGCAGUCACCAUCCUUCUUUUGCAGUAAUUGGGCCAGUAUUCCCUGUUUAUGUUUGUCUUGUUUAAAAACCUUUACAAAAUCUUAUCAAGAAACUUUUUUUCUUCUGUAGGCUAGGAUUGAACAGAUUCAAACUCAGUUCUCCUCCUCUGAAGAAAUUAAUCAUCUAGAACAGCAAGCAGUGAAAAGAAAGAAAAAACGGGUGAGAUGAAAAUGAACUCAGUUGGUUUAAUUUGGAAGGCUACCAUAUAUUUAUAGUUUUUCAAAUCCUUUGGAAUUUCACUUUGUUUGCUAAUAGGAUAAGUUGGUAAUUUUUUAGGAAUGGCAGAAAAAGAGAAGAAAAGAAGAGCAUGUGCUGAAAAAGGAAGCUGAGGACAGAAAGAAGGUUCUGCAUAAGAAAAUUGAUGAAUGGAGGUCACAAAUAAUAGCAGAGGAUCAAGCCAAACGAAGAGUAAUCAAUUUACUGUUACUUGUUUAUGUUUGUUCACAUUUUUAAUAGUCUUUCUCUUCCCGUCUGUCGGGUGUCCUCUGCCUGAUGUUAAAUUUCAUUGCUAAAAGGAAAGUAAACCAUCUGAUAGGAUCAUCAAAGAGGUUUCACAUGGAGAGUCACACCAUAAGGUUUCAUCCUCAGACUCAAAAAUUACAAUCAGGCAUAGCAGAGCGAGGAAAUUACAAGAGCACAUUUGAAAAUUGCCAGCCAAGGGGGAAGCAACAAGUGGAGGAAAGAGAGAAAGUAUUUCACACGCUUGGCUAUUAUCCUUGAGCUUUUAAACAAAAAACACUGAGUGUAAAUCCAUCUUUUUGUAACAAAACAGCAACAACAAAAUACACUUAUGUGAAGUAUACUUUCUUAAAAUACACUUAAUGAACUACUGCAUUAUAUUAGCCUACACAUACGCAUUAAUUUCUUUCUAAAUGUAUUUAUAGGCCGAGUUGAUGAAACAUGAAGCAGGUGGAGUAUUGGGAGAAGUGAAGAGAAAACAAACAGAAGCUACAAAAGCUCUUGACCUCUUAAAGGCGUUGAGAAAGCUACGGGAGGCCAGAAAACAAGAAGCUGAAGUAAAAGGUGAUUAGUACAACAGUGUAUAAGAAUAUGCUUCGUUCAGAAAUGCUUGAUGAAUGGCUUUCCAGUGGACAAGUGUUAGGUAAUUGAGUUAGACACUGGAUAGAGAUUCAUCAAGUAGGUACCACUAUCCACAGAGUACCCUGUGAACAACUGGGACCGGGUUUUACCGAGUAGCACCAAGUCUUGACAACAUUUCAGAAUGAGGGAGCGUCACGAAUAGGAUUCGUGGGAAGUUUUCGUUCUCUCUUCGCAAAGAACUAAGUUGGAGAGUUUUAAGGUUAAUUUAACCCGUUAUCACGCAAAAAAACAAUGCGCCAGUAAAGUGCUGAGACUUCACGUCCUACUAGAAGUGGCAUCAUCAGAAACCAAUCUCCAAGCAUUAUUUGGCCUUUCUUGUAGGGCGAUUAUCAAAGGAGAAGCCCGAAACAAUUUUCUGGGCGAAAGCGUGUCCGUUUGGAAAGUUUGCUUUGCUUUUUGAGAUACCAAAACUAAAAAGAAAACAGGCAGGCCAUAAAGACAAGUUCACUUUGAAGCUCAUUGUGAAGCAUUCUUUUAGAGAAAGUUCAGCUGCUAUUUUUCAGGAAGGACGAAUGUCGCGGCCAGUCUCUAUUUAAACGCAUUCUCUCGCUUUUUUUCGUUUGAUCUAGGCGUUUAUGUCAAGCCUACUGAAGAAGAAAAUCGCAAGUUUGAUGAAAGAGUGAAAUGGCUGGAGAAUGUGAUGGCCCCAAGACGAGAAUUAUACGAGGCGGAAGAAAAGACACUGCGAGUCAUGCUAGCUGAGGAGGAGGAAGAGAAAGAGAAAGAAAGACGGGAAAAUGAAAGAAAAAAUCAAGGUACUGGUCCUUCUAGCUUUAGUAGGCGUGUGUAUAUUGAUAUUAUUUACCUACGUAUUUCUGUACCUUCCUUGGAAUACACAGAUUCCAGAAUUAAAAAAACGGAAGUCAACAGUCCUUGACUGAUGUAAAAGGACGGACGAAGAUACAGACAAAAAAUGUUACUUCGGUGGAGGAGAUUAAAAAAAAAUGGUCACAAGUUAGCAUUAAGUGAAGAAUGAAAGAUGGCAAAUGUUAAGCUCGGGGAAACAAAUGUGAAAGUGAAAUGAUUAGCAUGUCACGAGUCGCCCCAUGUAAGGGAAUCCAGGACAGUCUUGGAUUCUGGAUUCCAUGCUGUGGAUUCCGGAUUCCGGGUACUGGAUUCCGGAUUCCAGCACAGUGGAUUCCGGAUUCCAAAAAGAGCUGGAUUCCAUUUUUUUUUCCGGUUUUAAUGCUUUUCUUCGCACUUCGUUUUCGUGUUCGAAUCUUGCUAUAUUGAAAGACGUUGUUAGAAGGCAUAACAAGUUUGUUUUCUUUUUCGAUUUACAAAAUUACGGGAAGAAAUGUAUUACAGUUCCGCAAGGGUUUAUGGCAUAAUAAUGAGGAAGACAUUGGGGGACUGUCUACAUCGCAACACGGCAGAAAAAAAUAACAAACACCGCAUUACCGCAAAAAAGACGUAGCGAAACACCGACAUCGCAAUUUAAAGCUUUGUCCUACGAUUAAUCUAAUCCAAAUCUCCAUGUAAAUGGGGGUGGAGGAUCUCGGAGCUGGUUAGUGAUUAGUAGAGAUUGAGACUGACCUCAGGACUCUAUUUUUCACUUAGUCUACUUUUGUGAACUCUGUUUUCAGCCAUGCUGAUAGAAAAAUGCAUGCAACGCCCAGAUUUCGCCUGUUAUCCUUUUGUUUUGAAGUCUUUUUGUAUAAAAAGACCACUCAUCAUCCUUCGCUCCGGGUAUGAAAAAGCAGUGAAAUAUUUAUUAUUUAAUCAAUUUUAACCGACGUUCCUAGGAGGGUGGAACUUGUUUGGGUCGUUGUGGGUCUUUUGUCUAUUAGUUUUGAUCGUUGUGGAUCAUUUAGGUCGUUUUGGCUCUUUUUGCCUGGUUUCUCGUUUUAUUAGUAACUGGCCAAAUAAAAAUACGCUGUGGCGUGUGCAAUUCAUUCUUUGCAAAGUCUUUGGCUCUGUUCACUAAAGAGUAGUUUUCCGUCUCAUUAAAACUAGGAAAACCAUUUUUAUCUUAUCUUUUAAGACUUUUUAAAACUCUCUCCGUGUCAAUGAAGACUUUUGAAGAGGGUAAAAACUUCUCGCGUAGAAGUUGACGCGUACUGCUUUGAGGUUUUAGCGAGCACAGUGAUAAUGAAAUUUAACUGUCACGUUGAAUUUGAUGUUAAAAAGAACAAAAACAACAAACAAUUAGUUGGUUCAUACUUAAGAUGUGCGUAUAACCACGUUUUGCUAGAAAAAAAUUUCACGGCUCUAUCAAAUUCGUUGUUUAACACGUCGAAAAUUGAGGAUUUAUUUCGAGCAUGCACUCUUUCAUCGCCUGUCACAUUCCUGAUAGGCAAUAAUCGGAUUUGACCAGAUCUCGCCUUCGGCUUCGUCAAUAAGAGAUCUGGGUCUCUGAGAUGGUCUAGGGUCUCUAGGAUCCAUUUCAAACAAAAAAAAGUAACGGGCUAAACUGAUCUCAGAUCGGUCUAAUUUGCAAAAGCGACCUCAAUGUGAACGAGGCCUAUUCAGGGGCACAACUGGAGAAAGAAAACAUGAAAAAUCCGUCUGUUCCUCAACCGAGUCUGAGAUGACUGAGAGAUCAAGAGAGACUUGAGCGUUUCUGACGCGUUGGCUCGUUUUUAGCGUUUUACAACCAUAUAGCGCUCAUUUAUACGAUAUUUUCUCCACGGACGAUGUAAACUUCAUAUCACAUUCAAUUAUGAUUGAGAAAAAAAAAUCAAUCUUUCGUUCAUGUUUGUGACUUGCUUACCGCCACGUUACAGUCCACAGAUCAACACAAACGAAAAAUCAUGCAGCUUUGCCUUUGGCACGUUUAGAUCUAUCAGUCAGCUAAAAAUUGGUAUAAAAUUUCACAACACAGUAAUAACACGUACCUUUCUCUCUCAGCCUUUUGUUUUGCUUGUGCUUUCCCAUAACCUUUUUUUUUAAUAACGUAGAAAAGAAAAAGCCAACAGACAACAAACUUCAAACUCGUCUCAUCGAUGAGGUGGCGAGAUUUCACUCGAAUGCCGGGGUGAAUGAAAAAGACACCCACCGCGUCCUUGCACGUGAUUACUUUAGUGACAGCUGAUUGGUACGGUUCUGACAGUACCUAGCUUAUUUCUCAAAUAAAGAUUAUCGAAACCAUGAAACCGUUCUCACCGAAACUACUAGGACCAAAUAAGCGACUAGGAGACUUUGAAUCAGUUUUUUUCUUUUUUGGUAAAGUGUUGAAAGUGGACGAACCAGGAGGACCAGGAACGUUCAAGAAAAGUUUCACCCCAGGUGCAUCUUUUCCGGUCCUAUGCCAGGUCAAAUCGCUUUUGAUUUUUUAAGGUCAUCUAAGCGAGUAAACAACAGAGAAUCAAACAUAGCCAGAGGUUGAAGCUAUUCACAACAAUCCAAUUUAUACCUUUAAAAAGGCUGCGCUGUAUUCCCUCGAAAACCCCCGAAUUUUGUGAUCCUGCCAGCCGCUCAUAAGAAAGGGUUCCCUCGCUGACCGUGACCUUGACCUUUCAUAUGGAGCUCGUGAAGUAUGGUUUUGACACCAGAUAUGCCGAUAUUACACUGUAUGUCAUCACGUUGACGCAUAUACCCUGGGAAGGCUUUCCAUAGAUGGUUUUUCUUUCGAGCAAGUAGCUCAAUCCAAUCUGGAGUGAAUCUUUAGUAAGUUGGAUUCUGGAUUCCAAUCUUUAGUAGGAUUCCGGAUUCCUAGUGCUGGAUUCCGGAUUCCAAAGCCCAGGAUUCCGGAUUCCACGAGCAAAAAAUUGCUGGAUUCCGGAAUCCGGAUUCCCUUACAUGGGGCGACACGAGGGUGGGAUAAAGAAAAAAUCUGAGUCCCCGUCAGGAUUCGAAGAGAAAGAGAGGGAGGUCAUAGGUUCGAAUCCUGUCAGGGUUUCAGAUUUUUUCUUUGUCCCACGCUCGUGACAUGCUAAUCAUUUCACUUUCACAAGUUAGCAUUACUUUGUAGACUUGCAAACUGUAAAUGAACCGAUCAAAACCGAAGUGAAGGUCGACCUGAUCUAUCAUUAGGCGAAAUCAUCGGAGAACGGCAAAAAAAACCAAUAGUUAUAGAUUAGCAAAAUAACAACUCUGCAAUUUUUUUGUACAUUUCCUUGCCGUCACUGCACGACUACGACGUGCAAAUCCCUAAACUCACGUUUUGUGGUUGACGUGAAGACAAGACAAAGACUUUCUUUUUCUUUUCCUGAACUGCGCUACAGUUCCUUAAAAUUCAACUCCAGAAAAAAUUGCCAACAUUUGACGAAUCGAUCGAGAUGGAAUAAGCGCGAUAAAGUUUCAAUCAGAGUGAAUUCACUUUUCAAGUGACGUUAUCGUCGUUGUUGCUUAAGCUACCGAUUUAUAAUUGUCACUUCUGUCAUUAAAGGCUGCAGCUGCACACUAAUAGGCCAUUUGCACUUAGAGGCAUGUGACACCGUUUUUAUGAAAAUGAAAGUUAUAUGAUUUUGCCUUCGAAAAACGAUUAGUGGGUCAUAUCUUAAACAAAAUAAUGGUGAUUUGGUUUUUCAAACCCGUACCAUUUUCUUAAAAUAAAUAAGUUCGUAAAUGGUCACGUGACCAAAAUGUGAUUUUUAAAAUUAUAAAUUACCUCUCUCUGAACACAAAUUUUGCACUUAAACUUCAAGGAAAAUGUUGAAAAGAUGAUGUGAUAACGUUUACAGCACAUUUGAACGUAACUAUGAAAGGUUGAACAAGAUAUAAGCAAGAAGUAGUUUUGGCCGCCAUGUUGGAGUGCAAGAGCAUGCCCUCCAACAUGGCGGCCGAUACAAAUCAUACUACUUUGCUGAAAAAUCAAAGUGCCACAAAAUAUCUCCCUUAAAUGCGUUUCCUCUCAAAUUUCGGGUGUAACAUAAUUUUUGUGAGCUCUAACAAUUUUUGGCAUCAGCAAGAUUCCAACUCAUUGUUUAAAGGAAGCAUUGGUCACGUGACCUCUUAGUGCAAGUGGCCUAUUGAGAUCGACAAUUUCAACCAUCAACAUGUAUAGUUUGCUCGCUUACGUAGCUAUAAACGGUUGCCCGUAUCUCAUUGAGAAUUAUCCGAGGCGCCGGAAAUCAGGGCUUUAAGCAUUACUUGUCAAAAUAUUUUUUCUCGCUUACAAUUUACACUUUCUUGUUCUCUUUCUUUCGUCCAGCAUCUCUAGGAUUGUCUGACCCAAUGGACUGGUUUCGCAGCUAUUACAAACAAGGCGAACACAGUGUACAGUCCUUGCUGCAAAUAAGGUACCGCCACGAAAAAUGUACCUUUAUAUGUUGUAGAUAAAAUAAUUUCUCAAGUCAAACCAGUGUUCGACCUAGUUUGCCCACAACCGGCAACGGCUUAACUGUCCGUAGGUUUAUAUGUACUUUUAUUUCCUGCUUUAGUUUAUUCUCCUGUUUUGCUUUCUGUCAACCUCGUAUUUCCAGCCUAUUCUUUCGUGGUAAAAAUUUAGAAAAAAAAUUGCCACAAAAGCCAUCUUGCUUUAGUAAAGUCCAACUAGUGGUCUAUUAUCAAUGCUGCGUUCUGAUUGGUUGAGCUACUACAAGGCUAUAUGUUAUAGCCCACUAGUAGCGAAACCGCGGGCUUUUUGGCGGCAAAAAAGGAUUAAAGUCUAGCUUUAACUAGCUAAAAGUUUUUUAUUCUCGAUAUGUUUGACCAACUGUUGGACUUAACUAAAACAAUUAUUCCUCUCUCCCUCAUGGCCUCCGAAGGCCGAAUGGGCUAUUUACUCAGGGCCCAUUCGGGCUCGGGGAAUAAUUGUUAAAUAUUUGUCCGUCAUUUUUAAAGUUUUCGAAAAAAUAAAUAACGCCAACAUUAUAAUGUUAGAUGACUUAGCUAGGGAAAGUGCUAGAAAGUUUAAUCUGUAAGUAAUCAUGAAUUCAGUGAUGGAAUUGUAGGCAGGAUGCCGUACCAUACAUGUUGUUGACAGUGUUGAUAGAAGAAACUGGCUUGCGAGUCUUACGUGUAAAUUUUUGUUUUUGUUUUGUUUUAUUCGAAUACAUAAAGCGUGUUUUAAAAGUGACGAAUGAUUUCCUUCCUCUAGGCGGCAAUGGGACGCUUUCUUGGUCCACGAUACUUUCCCUGGCGCCUCCCGUAUCCCUGAUGGAUUUGUGACUCCGGUAGAGCCUUCAUCGGAUUUAUGGGCGACAGCGAUCAUUGACAAGGGGUAGAAACAGGAACAAUAAGUACAGUACCAUGUUGGUGCAAAAAAUUCAGUGCUUUUCUUCACCACAUUCAGCUGUGGCCUGUAGAAAGCAUCCAGCGGCAAGGUGACGAUUUGUAAAACUUCAUUUAAGGGCAAGUGCCACAAAGAAGUGAUGAUCACGCUUUCUAGUGGAAGUGAAAAUAGUGGCAACCAAGGCCUCCAAGAAACAUUGAAGCGAACAUUACGAGACGUAUCUCUCUGUGAACUGUGAAUUGCAAUGGCGUUCUAUUGUUGAGUGCGAUGACACAUUGUUUUGGUCCUAGGUAUUUGCCUUCCAAA